AUGGCUUCUUUGAAACCCAACAACGACAAUAGCUCCGAGCAGCAGCGGCAUCGAAGUGACAGUCGCCCGACUAGCGGUAUUCGACAUCCUACCGCUCCGUCCGUCAUGACCAUGAACGGACACUUUGCUGGCGUAGGCGAGAAUGGCACGUCGGCAGAGGACUUUGAGCAUGGCGUGCAGAUUAUUGAUUCCGAGAAGAUCUUCAAUGAGAACCUGGGAGCCUAUUUGCAGCAGGAGAGAAUCAUUCGGAGUGGCUUCAAUUAUCAUCUGAUCAGUGUGUUUGGGUCGCAGAGUACGGGGAAGAGUACUUUGUUGAAUUAUCUUUUUGGUACGAGGUUUGGGGUCAUGAGUGAGCAGGAAAGGCGGCAAACUACGAAGGGCAUAUGGAUGAGCAGGAAUAAGAAUGAGGGUGGGGAGAAGGGGAAGGGUAUGGCGGAGAAUAUCUUGGUUAUGGAUGUCGAGGGUACGGAUGGGAGGGAGAGAGGCGAGGACCAAGACUUCGAGAGGAAGAGUGCGCUCUUCGCUCUGGCGACUAGCGAGGUCUUGAUUGUGAAUAUAUGGGAGCAUCAGGUUGGGUUGUAUCAAGGUGCGAACAUGGGAUUGUUGAAGACGGUGUUCGAGGUCAAUCUGCAGUUGUUCUUGAAGGAUGCGAAGAGUGUACCGAGGAGUCUAUUGUUCUUUGUGAUCAGAGAUCAUCUUGGGACCACACCGCUCAACAACCUGAAGCAGACACUUAUUCAGGACUUGCAGAAAAUAUGGAGUGGGUUGAGCAAGCCCACAGGCAUGGACAAGGCUAAGAUCGAGGAUUACUUCGACUUCGCGUUUGUGGCACUGCCGCAUAAAAUCUUGCAACCCGAGAAGUUUGAGCAAGAAGUUCACAGGCUAGGAACGAGGUUCAGGGAAGGCUAUAAUGAUCCAAAGAGGAAGGGCCUGGUGGACGAGCAAUCCGAGCCUAUCCUGUUGCCCGAGUAUCACAGACGGAUACCUGCAGACGGCUUCCCCAUGUACGCGAGAGGUAUCUGGGAGCAGAUUGACAGCAACAAGGACCUCGAUCUACCCACACAGCAAGAACUACUGGCACAAUUCCGAUGCGAUGAGAUCUCGAAAGAAGUCCUGGUACCAUUCGACGAGGUGAUUGCGCCACUCGAGGAGCAGCAGAGCCAAGCUGUGGCGGCUGGUACGUCUAGCACAAUAGCUCAGCUUGGCAAGGUCAUGGCUACUGCUCGAUCGGCCCUACUUGCGGCUUUUGAGGAAGAAGCAAGCAGAUAUCACAAAGGCGUCUUCAAGCGAAAGCAGGCCGAGCUGGAGACCAAGGUUGAUGGUCGUCUGAAGGCUCUGUUUCAAGGUCAGAUGACUGCUGCACACAAGAGUGGCUUGAAUGACUUCAGCGAGGCUGUGACGCAGGCCGUCAAGACGGGACAGAAGAAGGGUGGCAACUAUGACUUUCACAAGAUCGUGCAGACGGAGAAGGAUAAGGCGCUCAAGCGAUUCGAGGCAGAGGCGCAAGGAAGUCUGGUGUCCGGUACGCCGUGGAGUGACUAUAAGUCGCAGAUGAAUCUCUUCCGCAAGGAGUUGGAUGAGGUGUCUGGCCGCUUACGGAAGGAGGAGAUGCGACGGCUUGCAAAUAGGAGUGAGAGGUGGGUCCGUGCUAAGCUUGAUGAAAGCGUUGGUCUUGAGUUCAAUAAGCUCGGUUCUGGUCGUGGUGGCUCAGGGGCGCCAGCUGAAGGUCAGAAGCCUGCUACUGAGCGAGACCUAUGGGAUCGUAUCUGGAGCGUCUUCACGGACACGGUUUCACAUGCCGAAUCGCGCUUCACGGACCGCGCACGUAGCUUCGAUGCCAGCCCAGACGAGGUUGAGGUCGGGCUCUGGCGCCUACGACGGAAGUCUUGGGCUGCUCUGCGUUCGAAAAUCGACGAAGAAAUGAUGGAAGGCAAUCUCCUACUCAAGCUCCGCGAGAACUUCGAAGAUAAAUUCCGCUAUGAUGAUGAAGGAGUCCCCAGGAUCUGGCGACCUACAGACGAUAUCGAGGGCCUUUAUACUCGUGCGCGUGAAAGCACACUAGAGCUCAUACCGCUCUUGUCUCAUUUCAAGCUAGCGAGGACUAGUAGUCCGCCACCCCUUGAUGCCUGGAUUGGAGAAGCACCACCUAAUGUCACCGCCGCAGACGAAGAGGAUCUUUCACCCAUCGGCGGAGUCGAUGACGAUGAAGGCAAGACGCUGGCAGAAGAGAUGACGCUGCUAUCCGAUGCCAAGACCUCCGAUCUGAGCACGCGCUUCCGCAAGACAGCAGACGGCGUCUAUGUCGAAGCCAAACGUAGCGCGAUUGGUGGCGUCACACAGAUCCCGCUAUAUUUCUACGGCUUGCUUCUCGCUUUGGGCUGGAAUGAAAUUGUAGCUGUGCUGCAGAACCCGGUCUACUUCAUCUUCCUCAUCUUGUUGGCGGCUGGUGCGUACGUGACGUACACGCUGAAUUUAUGGGGCCCGAUGUUAAGGAUGAGCAAUGCCGCUAGUUCGCAGGGCGUGGAGAUCUUGAGGGAGAAGCUGAGGGAUUUCUUGGAAAGUAGUGAGACGGGUAGACAGGCUAUUGGGAUGAGUCAGAAGGGCGGGAGCUCUAUCAGCUUGGACACCUUGAACAGUAACGGCACGACAAAAGCUAAGGCUAACGCGAAAGAAGAUGAAGUCGAGGAGAUAUGA